GAACCGCUUCAGAUGGGCUCGUUUUGGGGGGUUUUAUCUUUUUUUUUGGUACAUUUGUUUUUUGCUGUUGUUUUAAGGCUACCUUUUUUCCUCAUGCACGUUGAUGGCAUUUAGACCGUUUAGAGUUGCUACUUGCCGGUGCGCAAACUUGGACCGAACGGGAUGCGCCGUGAACAUUUAUGGGAGCAAUCCCCGAUGGAAUGAGCUAGGUCGCUCGUUAAAUAGUUUUACGGUAGAAAAAAUAAAUAAAAAAAUCUAUCUUUCUUAGACAAAGUUCUAACCGGAUUGAGCUUGCUGCUGAAGUUAUUUUGAGGAUCUAUACCAGCUUUUUUUUUUUUUUUUUUUUUGGACGGAUUGUGACCAAGCGCUCAUCCACGUCUCUCUGGGCUCAGGUAGAUCUUCUAAUGACCCCAUGGAACAAAAUUUACUCAUGAUGCUGUUUUGGCUCCUGGUUCUGCUCUCUGGCUCUGCUGUGGGCAGCAUCCUGUACAGAGUUCAGGAAGAGCAGCCCCCUAACACUCUUAUUGGAAGUCUGGCAGCAGACCAGGGGCUGCCAGACUCAGGUCAUCUGUACAAGCUGGAGGUGGGUGCCCCUUAUCUACGUGUUGACGGAAAGACUGGAGAUAUUUUCACCACUGAGAUUCCUAUCGACAGAGAGACAUUAAGAGACUGCCGGUUGCUUGUUAAGGGUAAACCCUGCUACCUGGAAUUUGAAGUAUCAGUGACAGAUCUGAUACAGAAUCAGACCCCGAGACUCAUUGAAGGACGUAUCGAAGUACAGGACAUCAAUGACAACACCCCCCAGUUCCCGUCUUCUGUGCUCACCAUCUCUGUACCUGAGAACACGAUCAUGGGGGCCCUGUUCUCCAUACCUCUAGCUACUGACAGGGACUCAGACAGGAAUGGGGUCAGCGAUUAUGCCCUUACUGCGGGACCAGAUGCGGCAACGUUAUUUGGUUUACAAGUGGCUGAUGACAGGGGUGGCAAGCUCCCACAGCUUAUUGUUUUGGGCAACUUAGAUCGUGAGUUAAAGGAUUCCUACGACCUCACCAUCAAAGCAGUAGAUGGAGGCAACCCACAACGCUACAGCAGUGCUUUGCUGAGAGUUGUCGUCACUGAUGCAAAUGACAAUGGACCGAAGUUUGAAAAAUCUACCUAUGAAGCAGAAGUGUUGGAGAAUAGUCCGGUGGGCCACUCUGUGCUGCAGGUUAAAGCAAAUGACUCAGACAUGGGCCCCAAUGGAGAAAUUGAAUACACACUUCAUCAAGCAGGAGACCCUGUGCCAAAACUCUUACGAAUCGAUCGGUCAUCAGGUGUCAUCUAUGUCAAAGGGUCACUGGAUCGAGAGGAAAUUGACAGCUUUUCCUUCUAUGUGGUGGCAAGGGAUAAGGGUCCGCAACCUAAGAGUUCAAAAACCUUUGUGACCAUCGAGGUGAUUGACCAAAACGACAAUGCUCCAGCUGUGGAGAUACGUGGAAUUGGACUUGUGACUCACAGUGAAGGGGUGGCUAACAUUUCAGAAGACAUGCCAGUGGGAACAGCAGUUGCUUUGGUGCAAGUGUCCGACAAGGAUGAGGGAGAGAAUGCUGUGGUCACAUGUGUGGUUGCGGGGGAUGUGCCCUUCCAGCUCCGCUCUAUCAGUGACUCAUCCAGUGACAACAAGAGAAAGUAUUUUCUACAAACCACCACUCCUCUCGAUUAUGAAAGGGUGAAGGAUUAUCGAGUGGAGAUUGUGGCUGUUGAUUCUGGAAAUCCUGCACUCUCUAGUACUAACUCAUUGAAGGUGCAGGUGACUGAUGUGAAUGAUAACUCUCCAGUAUUCUCCCCAUCCUUGUUUGAAGUACAGUUUGCCGAAGAAAACCAACCUGGAGAAAAAGUUUUGGAUGUCAUUGCCUCAGAUGCAGACAGCGGCACAAAUGCCGAACUCCUCUAUACCAUUGUGGCAGACACAUCAAUCAAGGGUCUGUUUGAGAUUGAUCCAAAUACAGGUACAGUCAAAGCUCGGAACCCACUUGAUCGUGAACACAAAGAACACUAUGAGUUCCGGGUCGCUGCAACUGAUAAAGGGUCGCCUGUGCAUAAAGGAACAGCAAGUGUUAUAAUAAGGGUCCUUGACCGCAAUGACAACGACCCAAAAUUCAUGCUUAGCGGCUAUAGCUUCUCAGUUUUAGAAAACAUGCCUCCCCUCAGCCCAGUUGGCAUGGUAACUGUCAUGGAUGUAGAUAAGGGUGAGAAUGCUCUUGUUCAGCUCUCUGUGGAGCCUGAUGGAGGGAAAUUUGUUGUCCAAAAUGGAACUGGCACUAUCUUAUCAAGCAUUUCAUUUGACAGAGAAAAAGAAAGCAGCUAUACUUUCCGUCUAAAAGCAGUGGAUGGAGGGCAGCCACCUCGGUCCUCUUAUGUGGGCGUUACCAUCAAUGUGCUGGAUGAAAAUGACAAUGACCCUGUGAUCACAAAGCCCUCCAAUUCCUCCUUCACGCGUUUGUCACCACUAGCAUCCCCAGAUAGCCAUGUGGAGAUAGUAGAAGCUGAAGAUCUGGACAGUGGGCCCAAUGCAGAUCUGGUAUUCAGCAUUGCAGGUGGAAACCCUUACCAGUUAUUUCGCAUCUCCCCAUCCAGUGGAGAAAUUACACUAGCAAAGGAGAUGGCUCCAAAAUAUGGUGGACUACAUCGCCUGGUGGUAAAAGUGAGUGACAGGGGGAAGCCUGCACGUCAUGCCACUGCUUUGGUCCAUAUCUAUGUCAAUGAAACCAUUUCAAAUGUCAGCUUAGUGGAGGCACUCGUUGGACACAGUCUUUACACUCCACUUGACAGGGAUAUAGCUGGUGAUCCGGACAGUGGUUAUGCUGCACAACGCAGCAAUAUCUUGUUUGGAAGCCUGGCUGGUGUAGCAGGUGUUGUUAUGCUCAUCUUGGUGGUGGUUUUUAUUCGACACCGCAUCCAAAGAGAAACAAAGAGUGGAUAUCAAGCGGGCAAAAAGGAAACAAAGGACUUAUAUGCACCCAAACAGGCACCAAAAAAUGCCAAAGGUAAACGAGGUAGAAAAGGAAAACCUCAGAAAUCUCCAAAACCACUUGGGGAAGAUGAGGAGGUCAGCCUCCAAAAAAGUCUCAAGUUCAACCUCGAUGCAGUCAAUGAUAGCCCGAGGAUACAUCUACCCUUAACUUACUCACCAGAAAGCCCUGAUAUAGGCCGGCACUACCGCUCCAACUCCCCCUUGCCCUCCAUUCAGCUGCAGGCCCAGUCUCCAUCAGGCUCUCAGAAGCAUCAGGCAGUCCAGGACCUUCCGGCUACCAACACCUUUGUAGGAACAGGGGGAGACGACAACUCCACUGGUUCAGACCAGUACUCUGAUUACAGCUACAAGAACAGUCAACCGAAGUACAACAAACAGCAUCCCCACCGGCGAGUGACCUUCUCUACCACGAACCCCGUGCAGGACCUGCAGGAUGCCUCCCAGCACAGUUACUAUGACAGUGGCUUGGAGGAAUCGGAGACACCCAGCAGCAAGUCAUCGUCUGGCCCUCGCAUGGGACCCUUGACCCUGCCUGAGGACCACUAUGAGCGAACCACUCCAGAUGGCAGCAUUGGAGAGAACGAACACCCUGAAAACGACAUUCGCUCGCUGCCCGAUGUGGCAAUGACCGGAAACUGUACAACUGAGUGCAGUGAAUUGGGCCACUCCGACGCCUGCUGGAUGCCUGGGCAUCCCUCUCCUGUACGCAGGGCGAGGAACCCCCCGAAACUCUCUACCUUUGUGCCUUACCAGGAAAGAGGAAGUCUGGGACGCCUGGCAAACGGGAGUGCCAUUCUGGGUGGCGAAGAGCACCGAUCACGCCUUCCGCCCUCUCGCAGUGCAUAUUCCGGCAGCGGUCAGGACGUCAGUCAGGACUGCCCUUUGGAAGAGAUGCCCCUCAGCGUAACGUCUGAGUUCCCGCCCACCUCCACGUCUGCCCACACUCCUAAACGAGAAAUCUAUUUGUGAAUAUCAACCUUGAAUCAGUGCAGAGAUGAAGAAAAGAUAAAACCUGGCAGAAAAACAAAACAGGCUACCAUUGAUGCCCAGUUGUAACAGAAGACUGUGAUCCAUCCAAUUACUGGCAUGAUCACUUGGGCCAUUUUCCAUCUCCACUUUCAAUUAAAUUAUUAGCAUAUUUAUUACAAAGUUUAAUUGAUAUACACAUUCAUUAAUUUAUACACAAUCUUGUAGGAUGCGGCUCAAAACGAGUUAAGUCAUUACUGAUUAUUGUCGUAGUUAGCCAACCUACACAGUCAAGUGAUCUUUUUUUAAUUUGAAAGUUGUGAUCAGUGCUCCUGUGCCAUUCUUAGAAGAUUUUGAUAGACAGCCAGUCAGGCGCAAUCUGAAGGCUUUUGACUAACAAUCAAACAAAAUGUUCUGUAGUUGUACAGUGCUGUAAAUACAUUUUGGACUGUGUGCUCUACAUAUAUUUUUGUCUGGCAGAAUCUGAUAACAAAAAAAAAGUAAUUUGACUCAGAAUUUAAGUAUAUUUGAGCUUUUUGUUUUAUUUCGCUGCUGCUGUUUAAAAGUUGAUUGAAAACAUCUUCAGGAGAGCAGCUCAAUAUUGUGGAAAGCAUUUAUCCGCUCCAUAUAAUCACACACACCUUCAACCCCUAAUCAUAGCAGAAUGGCCUUUACCUCUGCUCCCUGUGGAGCUUUGCCGUGGGUGGAGAAACCUCUGCAGCAACAUUUGAACAGACAUUAUGUUCCAUUGACUCUCAGCACUGUGACCUAUAGUUUAUCAUCAAAACGGUUGACUUGGCCACAGUCCCCUGGAGUUGCAAUGACCAAACACCAAACCAAGAUUGGCUUUUACUUCGAGUCCUUCUGACUCACUCUGUUAGGGAAAAUAUUCCAGUGUAAUUGUUUCCCUAAAAAGGCUUUCCUUCUUCAGCCAGACAAUCUACUUGCUUCCCUCCCUUUUAGAUAUAAUGCAUACUUAUUUACCUGAAAUUUAAUAAAACAACACUUGAGACUUAAGAGCAGUCGAGAACCGGAGUACACACUACACGUGUUUAGUCCUCCUCAUUCUGAGCACUUUCUUUGUUUUUCAUAGUAUCAUAUUCUAAUCGCACUAUCUGUGUUCAGAGGUCCAACGGAACCACUUAGAGAGGGAAGCAUAGUCCUUGAAGAAUGCCAUAGAAGUAAACCACCAUUUACAUAACUGAAGCAGGCCUGAAUACACUAUGAGCAUUCUUGUCCUUUGGCGACCAAAAAAAAAAUGUAGGGAUUUGUUUCCCUUAAUAGAGAUUUCCUGAGUUACUCUGCGGGAUUUGCCUGAAGGACACUGUGUAUUAGUCAGUAAUUGGAUGCUAAUAACAACUACAUUGCCCUGUCUUGCAACACUGUACAGUGUCAGGCGGCGUCUUUGAUUGAAACAUUGAUAUGAUUAGACUUGUAGAUACCUUUCACCUCUGCAGCAAAUUUCCAUGGUGAGAUUGUGUCUCUAAGUAAGGGCAAAAGAUCCCCGAAUAGACGCAUCCUAAUUAGGGUGAGUAAUGAGUCCUGAGCUGUGGCGUGUGUGUGUGAAGCACAAGCCCCAGGACAAGGCACACACCAAAUAAUGCACAUCCACCCGCAGCGCUACAAUCAGUUAAAAAGAUCAGCACUUACCUCAUCAUGCUGCCAUUGAAAACUGCAUUUAGAGCAAUUGAACUGAAAACAUAUGGAAAUCACUGGACAUGGCCAUGAUUAAAUAAUGUGGCCGAUUAUCCGGCCUUGAGGGGGGAAAAGCACAUUAUGCCGUUUUCAAAGCCAUUUAGCAACUAGAAAUAAAUUCAAACAACAGCCAUGAUGCACUGUGAUUAAACCCCCACGAGCACCCCUCGGAAAGUGGCCUCACGGCCCGCAAGCAGCGAGUGCGAUCACUGACCUGGAAUUAACGACAGACAGAAAGAUAGUAAGGAGUGAUAAAAGCCAAUGCCAAAUCGCCUCAGUCACAACUUUUAUCUGUUUAAGUGUCUCAACUCAUUUAAGACUUGCUUUGAAUUGAUAUUCCUCCCCCGCCCCCUUUGGGAUUAAUCCUAACCUGAUUCUAGCCUAAGUGAGAGAUGCUUAUCACUGGCACAUAUCUGCAAGGUAUCUCCUUGAUCACCAAUUUGGUGCAGAAAUGAUCAGGCAUUACUCGGAAUAGAAUAAGAGAUUGAUUUAAGUGCACCACAGAUUAGUUUAAUUUUUUUUUGAUGAGUCGGACUCUUAAACUAAAGCCAAUAAUAACUGUCAGCUUGCCCCAGGAAAAAAAACCAUCACUCAUACUGAAUAAUGCCUCUGAAAAGUAAAGGGUUGUCCCUGAUGGAAGGAUAGAACGUCACAAAGCACUGAAAUACACUGAUGAAAAAUGUUCAAUUUGUACUUUGCAUAGAUUUAUUGUUGAAUUCACCUGAGUAUUUUUGCCUCUCUGUGAUCUGUAUUGUAAAGUGAUCAUUCCUGUGGACAGAUGGACAGAUUACUGUUUUAAAAUUGGCUGGGGGUUUUGUUUUGUAUCGGUCAAAGAAUCUUAGCAAAGCGGUUGUGUGAAUUUAAAAAAAAUUUAAAAAAAAAAAACAUCUCUUGGUGGUGUCAGUGUACAUACAGUAGUACUCCACAAUCCGUUGUUUGCUGACAAAGCAGGCUGGGAUUUUAGCAUGAAUUCCAAAGAUAAUUGGUAGAAACUGUUUUACUGUUUCUUUCACCUUCUGGAAUGUCAGUGCUGGUUCAUAUUCAAAAAGGCCCCUCCCCAUGAACUGAAAAUUAACUGCACAUAGAUUUUCAUCUUUUUCACAGUCCAUGGAAAACAGACAACUGCCUUGAGACUACAUCUUUGCAAGAGAUAAUCUAGUUGUUAUCCUAACUGUUGGUAUAUUUAUAUAGGAUUAAAAUACUUGUGAUGCCAUGUUUUUGUACAGUUUUAUGUACAUACAAGUGACGCUUUCUAAAAGUUCUGAGAAAAGCCGAUGGCAUAUAAAAAUUGUAAGAUGUUUUCUUGAGCUGUGCACAUCUUUGCCUUGGUUGGAUUGACCUUUGCUGAGUCGAUGUGAAUGUGGCCGUUCUAUGCCUGCACUGUAGUCAUUCACUGGCUCCCACAUCCUGAGGACUUAAUCAGUUAUUAUGUUUAUUGUGAUCAGUGGUUUGUCCUAUCUUACCAAUUUGUUAAAUUCCUGUGUUCUGCUUUGUUCUGUUUUCGCAUGUUGACAACUUAUCUUGUAAUACUGUCCUCAUGAACUUUGUAAUAAAAUUACU